AUACUACAUUUAUUCCAACUGGACACUGGGUUAGAGUAGGAAUAGACAUUUGGAGUUUGCCAGUCACUGGAUUACGUGCAACUGAACACUUAACACUCAGUGACAUUAGCAAGUUGGAAAAAUCAAUUAAAAUAUUAUUUUUCAAUUUAAAUUGAUAUCAGAAAAUAUUAAAGAUGCCGGCCGCACCGAGUUCAACAAAUGUUGGAGCAGGAGGUCGAUCUCCAAGCAGAGCUGUCGCACCAAGAACAAGUGGUGCUGGUACAGUACGACAACGUAAAACCGCACCAGCAACGUCAGCGAGAAAUCGCAACACUGGUACCAGUUCCGGUGGAAUGUGGAGAUUUUACACUGACGACUCACCUGGCAUUAAAGUUGGACCAGUACCAGUACUCGUAAUGUCCCUUUUGUUCAUCGCAUCCGUAUUUAUGUUACACAUCUGGGGUAAAUACACAAGAUCGUAGAGAUUUAUUGUAUUUAUUGUUUCCUUAUACUUUAUUUUCAUCAUAAAUCAUAAAAUUAUAAUUACUCAAGACUGGGCAUGGUCUAGAUGAUGGCUCUGCACUGUGUGCAAUUGUACGUUCAGUUCAUAGAUUAUAUUUAUAAAUAAAUCUAUGAGUAUAUUAAUUAAA